UCCAACUCUCUCGAAUAUCUUUCAGAAUGAACGAUGCAGCUUGGUUUCUUCUCCUUCUUCUAAUUUCAUCGUUCUCAUCGUGCGCGUGCGUGAGCUCUCCUAGGACGCCCGUUGUUCGCACACCGAACGGACCUGUUCGCGGUUUGAUAUCGCGCACGAUAUGGCACUCGAUGAGGUAUUCCUCGUUCAAGGGAAUCCCUUAUGCAAAACCACCACUCGGCGACUUGAGAUUCAAGCCUCCAGUUCCGAUAGAUCCUUGGAGAAAAGUGUUACACGCGUACGAGGAGGGAAGCGUGUGUCCCCAAUGGGAUUAUUUAUCGCUUGCCUACAUGGGACGCGAGGAUUGCUUGUUUUUGAACGUUUUUACUCGAGAGGUGGAAUUCAAAAAACGGAUAAAUUUGAGGCCGGUUAUGAUUUGGAUACACGGAGGUGGUUAUUUCUCAGGGUACAGCAAUUCGUCGUUGUACGGGCCUGACUUCUUUCUGGAGGAAGAUGUCGUUUUAGUCAGUUUCAAUUAUCGACUGGGAGUCCUAGGAUUCUUGGCAUUAAAACAUCCUAAUGCGACCGGCAACGCUGGCUUGAAAGAUCAACGGUUGGUCUUUCAGUGGGUGCAAAAUAACAUAGCCGCGUUUGGAGGUGAUCCAAAUCAAGUAACGAUCUUUGGGGAAAGUGCUGGUGGCACUUCCAUCGGUUUCCACAUGUUAUCCGAACGGUCCAAAGGAUUAUUCCUUCGAUCGAUUAGCAUGAGCGGCAGCCCAUUGUGUCCUUGGGCGUAUCACUCGCCCGAACAGAUGAUCCAGAACGCUUAUCAACUUGCAACCGUUCUCGAAUACACUCCCAAGAACCACGACGAUUUGCUGAAUUACUUUCGCCAAGUACCUUUAAUGGAACUUAUACGCGCAUCGACUAAAGUUGACAUGAAUUUGCUUCCAUUUCGACCGACCAUAGAGGAUCCCGAUAUCGAUCCUUGCAAUAGCACGGUGAUAACGGAAUGCCCCAUAACGAGAUAUCACAACGGUGAUUUGUAUCGUCACGAUAUAAUGCUGGGUUACACCCACGACGAAGUUUUCUUCUUUUUCGGUCCACCGAUCGGGGUGGCGAGCACGAUCAAUUGGGCGAAAAAAUAUCUACAAAACGCGGCUAAAGAGAACAAAGAUAUCGGUGAAGAGCCGCAAGCGUUGCUCGCUCGGGUGGUGAACGAUCUCGUCAAAGCUGGUUCAAGCAGGCCAAGAAGAUUUUUGGAAUGCUUUCUGGAUUCACACAGAUAGGGAUGGAUGUAUUUUUCAGCGGCCCUAUCGAUUUGACUCAAAGAUUGCUCGCGAAACACAAUAAGGGCCAUCCUGUUUAUUAUUAUCGGUUGUCGUAUCAAUCCAAGUAUGCUUUGCACAAAGUCAAGGACAAUCCAUUGAACGGAACUGCACAUUUUGACGACGUUGGAUACAUAUUCAAUCCAAAAUUGCUUGGCGCGCCCACCAAUCCUAAGAACAGUUUCAAUCGAUUUAGGAAGAAGAUGGUUGCUUUGUGGGCUAACUUUGCUAAAUAUGGAAAUCCUACUCCAAAAAAUUUUUCUUUCGACGUCAAGUGGAUAAAAUCUGGGAGCGAAGGUUUUCAUCUGGACAUUAAUACCAUGUCCACGAUGCAUAAACGAUUGAUUGACAAAAAAACUGAAUACGUGGAGAAAUUGCUUUACAAGUUAUCCCCAUUGAUCACUUCUUGCGUGAAAAAGCCU